GUAUGAGGUUUUUACGCGGAUCACCAAUUCUUCCUAUAGAUAUCGCCUUCAGAACCGUCGCUUCUGCCAUUGGACAAGACACGUAAAUAUUAUGUUCUGUAGAAAAAGUGUCAAGUGAGGUUUCGUCACUUCUUGUCGGCAUUAAUCUGCUGAAUUUCUGCGCAUAAAUACCAUCUUCCUUGGUUUGAAUUCCCUUGCCUUUGUCAUCGUCUUCAACUAUGACUCCUGCCAACGACACGGCCAAUUAUGAUGAGACAUGUCCACUCCUCCAUGCUCACAACCCUGAAGCUCAAAUUGCUGAGAAACCCAAGUAUACUCCUCUACCGAAGGGCCAACUCGCUGCACUCUGUAUAGUUCGUCUAGUCGAUCCCAUAGCGUUCACCCAGCUCUUUCCAUAUGUCAACGAGUUUAUGAACGAUCUCCAUCUCACAGAUGACCCAUCAAAAAUAGGCUUCUACAGCGGGUUGGUUGAGAGCACUUUUGCUGUAUCUCAACUCUGUUCCAUCUACCAGUGGGCUAAGAUAUCAGAUGUUAUUGGACGACGCCCUGUAAUAUUUUUGGGCAUAAUUGGGCUCGCCAUCACCACGCUGAUGUUUGGUUUGUCCAAAUCGCUGGCGAGUGUCUUAGUAGCACGUUGCUUAGGAGGAUUAUUUUCGGGAAACGUCGCUGUCAUUCAUUCGGUUCUGGGAGAAAUUACCGACUCUACAAACCAGGUGGUGGCUUUGCCCAUAUACGGCCUCACCUGGCCUCUUGACCACUUAUUGGCGGGAACGUUCUCUCACCCAGCCUCAAAAUAUCCCGAAAUAUUAGGGUUCCAGUUCCUUAAGGAUUAUCCUUAUUUCCUGCCAUGCUUCAUUGCAUUCGUGAUCGCUAUGAUUGGUAUCUUCCUUGGGUUCAUUUUUCUUGAAGAGGUACCAAGCGCAACGCCAAGAAAAGCUGUUCCCCUAAUUCAAACAAUGGCGAAUCGUGCCACAACCGUACCGGCUCUUCCUGAGAAGCCUCUCAGUGUUUCAAAAUUAUUAUCGAUACCAAUUAUAUCCGCUUUGGCACUAUCUGGGUUCAUGCUGAGCUAUCUUGCCACAUCUUUCGACGUCGUAUUUGUCUUGUUCUGCUACUCGCCAAUUGAAUCCGGCGGUCUGGCGUUCUCAGCAUCACAAAUUGGAUACUCUCUUGCCACCUCGGGUGCUAUUGGUGCUACUAUUCAACUUUGUAUCAUGUCCUACCUCCUUCGAACGUUCGACUCUGCGAAGAUGUAUAGCUUCUGCAUAAGCAUAUGGCCUUAUCCCUUCCUCGUCUUGCCUAUUCUGAAUCUUAUCGCUCGUGCUGGCUUGGAUGAGACCACUGGCGAACUUGGAACGACUACUGUUGCUUUGCUGUGGGUUGGUAUCGCUUUUGUCCUCAUGUUGACCAAGGUCUGUUGCCUUGCUUAUCCCGUCAGCAUGAUUCUUGUCAAGGAGAAUGCUCCGAAUGCCGCAUCGCUGGGGCAGUCUAAUGGCAUAGUUCAAUUUGCAAUGUGUUUCGCGCGAUCAUUUGCUCCAUUUGUGGUCAGCGCUCUAUUUUCAAUCUCCUCAGAGUACAACUUAUUGGGCGGACAACUGUGGCUUGUCAUUAUGGUGACGGUCUCAUUCCUGGGCAUGAAGACGUCGCGCAAGGUCGAGCAGAACAGUGUGAGGACGAUCGGAUGAACAGCCUAUUUCCAAUAGAAGACCUACCGCAAUAGGCGAUACGCAAUUACAUUGUAUAUUCCCAAAGCAUACUAUCAUGACCAUCCACGUGUUAUUUUACCUCUUUUCUUAUAGGGACACUUUCCAUAC